UGUCACGCUGUUCGAGUCGUCUAGUUCCCGCAAUCGGAACCGUAGCGUGUCGCGUAUAUCAACCUGUAAAAAGUGAAAAACAUGGCGCCCGAAGGUAGACUGCAGACUUACCCGUCGUUCCAUCCUCAUAGGAAAGCUGGAUCUAAAUGAAAUCAAUUUCAAAGGCCAUAAUACAGAUAAUCGCGUCAACGAAAUCAUGUUAUAAUCUCGAGUUUUUUUAUCGAGCGUGCUUGCUCUCGAAACCAGUACUGCACGUCAGAAUAUCAUAGUGAUUCCAUUGCCACUUAAAGUUGAUUCUUUGCCACGGUGGUCGACUUUUUGUGUUACAUUACGAGCAAACAAGUGGUUAAUAACAACUCAAUAAUUAGCAUGUUACGAAACAGUAUAUAAUAUGUGUGUGAUAAAGAAAACGUCCUCAAAUUCCCAUCGUUCUAAACGAAGAUACUCAAUGUGACACACAAAAGAAAAAAUCGAUUUGUGCUGGAACAAGGAGAAGAAGUUUUUGUAAUAUGUAGAGUUGUAGGGAAUGCGUGAUCACUAGACCAGGCGAAAAAUUCGCAAUUCUAAACUGCUGUUUUCGGAUAGACUGCGGAUUAUCACUUGGGAUCGGUUCACAAUGAAUGCAGAUCGAAGUAAACGCCAAUAUCGAUCCGGGAACAACCUGUUCAGCGAUGAUGAGCUGGAAUUAUCAUCGUCACAGAUACUGGAAAAGGUCAAAUCUGACCGCAUCCCGGCGACCAAACCGGACGAGGAUCGUCGCCGGCGAACGAUCAUCGUCGAAAAGAAGAAUGGUUCCUAUGGGUUUACGUUGCAAAGCUACGGCAUCCAUUACAAAAAGGAACAGGAGGUCGAAAUGAUCACCUACGUGGACUAUGUCGAGUACGAUGGACCGGCAUAUCGGGCAGGGAUGCGCGAAGGCGAUGUGAUUUUAUCGAUCAACGGCUACGAUAUGGAGAAAGCCGAACACAAAACGCUAGUCAACUUCAUCAAAAACUGUGAUAAUCGAAUGCGAAUGGUGGUACUGUUUGAGGAUUGCUGCAGGAAGGUUGAACUACAUCUCAAAUAUAUUCGGCUUCAAGAACUACUGAAGAGUAAAAUGAAUGAUCUCGAGCGGAUUUGUCUACGUGAACGAGAGCUAUUAGAAGGAAAAUGGAAAACACAUAGCUUACCAGCACGAAAGAAAACAACUGUCACCAACGACGAUAUCGACCCUGGUUCCACAACUGAUGUCGAAUCGGCCUCUGGUUCAUCAUUUUGUCGUCCAGCUGCUUCGACGGAGGACGUUAAAAAAUUACUUCGCCAAAAAACGUACAUUGUACCACCGCCGGCGCAGUUUAUGUUGGCCUACCAUUGUCUGGACAGCAACUAUCGAUAUGUGAUCCAUCCAUCAACUGCAACUGGUGCUAGCGGCACCGCCGACUACUCAUCUGCUACUGCCUCAAUCAACACUAGUUGUGCUCAAUCGACGGCCAAAUUGUGUAAAGACCAUCAGCAUGUAAUCCGCGGUUCUUCCCUUGACAAUACUAGUUUAGGUGGUUUUAAACCUGGUAGCGGCACAGCCGGCAGCAAACAGCCAAAGUCCACAUCGCCAACGAAGAGUCUUCACAACUACGAUACCAAAACAACGAAAUCGUCAUCGCGACGCCAUCUCCACGGACACUCGUGCAAUCCUUGUAUGGGCCACUUCUUACGGAGCGGCGAUAAGAGCAACAAUACUGCCGACAAAGACAACACAAGCUUGGAUGCGUACGAUCUCGCCAGUCCGUGCUGUGAUCCUCAGUGCGUUCCAUCACGGCGUAAAUCCAAACACCACAAAGAUCAUCAUCACAAGCAUAGACACCGCGACAAGGAGACCAAGGAAGGCGGUAAAGAUCGCAUCCCUCGUCCCAAGUCACAGCCACACAUCUCACCGCAGUCGCAGCCCAAUUAUAUGUAUCGCCAUAGCAAAGACAAGCACGAGCACCAUCACGCCAAAGUGUACGACCUAAAUGCUAGUUUAACCAGUCAUUGUAGCCUUCAUUCAUGCACCUCCAGCGAAUUCAAUCCGGCGGCUGAAAACUCGCCAGCUUCCUACAGUACUUCCAUUAGCACCGAUACACUCUACUGGGAACCACACAGUGAAUCAACCUCGGCCUCGGCCGGCUCAUCCCAUAAGAAGCCUCCGCCGACGAGUUCCGCAGGUCCAAGCCGACCGCACACACAUCAGCACCAUUACUACGUGCAAAAGUACGUCAAUCCACACACCGGACAGAUCCAGCCAAUUGCCAUGUACGCCGGACCACCAGUUCAUAAGCCCAAAUCGUGGGAUAACCUCGCAAUGAAAGGGUACGGCGGAUAUGGAUAUGGCUACGGUUAUCUAGAAAUGGGCAAAACUAAUGUCCCCGCUCAGACCCGUACACAGACGACCAUCACCAUUCAGCAUCGGAAUUCAAUUCCGAAAAAGAAUGGUUACGAACGUUAUUCGGCCUUCGUGGAUGUAGAAAACUACGCUCCACCGCCGACUCAGUUCCUACAGGAAACAACAACAACGACGACCACCAUUACCACUAAAUCAACGGAAAAUCUUCUGGGCGCUUACAACGUAUCAGAUUCAAGCUUAUCGUGCGAGUGUUUGGAUGGACCAUCAACAACAGCUAGUGCCGGAGGUGGUAGCGGCGCUAGUACCAUGGAAAUUCUUCACGAUAAAUCAGGAUACUACUCGAGUCUGGGUGGGAGUGGUACCGGUGGCAAAAAGCAAAUAGCAAAUCUAACUGAAAUCGCUCGACUAUAAACUGCUUUGCAUAGUUAGUAAAAUCUAGACAUACUCUAGAAAGACAACUGCGGAGACUCCAUUUUGGAUCGUCUAAAUUCGGAUCAAACACGCCGGACAAAUACCUAUCCUUAUAGCAUUGGACGUAUUGCCAUACGAUGCCGGGGCAAACGUUUUCUCUCCGCAGUUCUCUUUCUAGAGCUUUUCUAGUAAAACCAGGUGCUUUUUAGAAUGCUAGAGGCGUUUUCCGAUGGCUAACUCGUUCCAAACAUAUAUGUUCUUGUCAGUUUCUUAUUACAGCAGAACAUUUAACGUUUUUGUCUGGCGAAAGCAGUAAACUUUAAUAACCUUAAGUUUUUGGUUCGUUUUUCGUCUAGGACUCAUACAUAAUGUUUAGUGUGGAAAUUAAUACGUUAAUACUGUCGUCCUAGGAAUAUAAACAAAAUAUCCAAAAAAUUUAUUCAUAAUCAAUUCAAAAGCCAAAUACUUAACGGAACCAUCAAGUUUAUACAGUUCUAGCAUAAGUAGGAUGUUACUUAAAAAUGAUUUAUCGUAUGUACUGAACGAAUCCCGAACUUCGAAUCUAUUAGGUUUAGAAAGUAAUUUUUCUGUAUGUGUAGCGUAUUGGAAGUAAAAUCAACUCUAGAGUGGUAAUCAAAAUCUUAAACACCUUUUUAGCAUAAACUAUAUGCUGCAAUGCAAAUUUAUUCAAAUGAAUAUAAACACAACAGAACAUAAGGUCAGAUUCAAGGAGUCAAGAGAAGGUUUUUUGUGCGAUAAAAUAUUUGCAGUUUCCAAGAGAGGCUUACAAUCCAGCAGGAGAGAAGAAAAAAGACCCCAAAUAAAUGUACAUUUGUAAUAAUAAAAUUAUACGUAGA